AUGGUUAAUCAACGUGUUCCGAUGUUUCCCCAUCAAGCGGUAGGUUCACAGUACCUGUAAAAUCAGUAUUUUUCGAAAUUCCAGGCAGAAAUCGAGCAAAUCCUGUUCAACUUACAAGCUUCGUCAGAAAUGUUGACUAAUACAUUGCCGUUUCUCUCUGGACCAACGAAACACGCAAUUCGGAGAAUUGUCGAUGAUAUGAAUAAGAAAAUCGACGAUAUCGAUUUCAAGUUGAGAAAUCCACGCGUCGAACAUGAUCAUGAGGUGAGGUUUUGAUAAUUUUUCUGAAAUAAAUUUAAUAAUAGCAUACAUUUUAUUUCGAAAAUUUUGACGAAAAUAAACGCCAGUAAAUUAGUUUGUUAGGCAAGACCACCCACGAAGCCUCACCUUCUAAUGAAUAGAAAACUUUUAUUUCGAAAUUACAAAAAAUUAUCACCAAGAAACUUUGAACUUUCUUCAGAUUUGAUAUCAAUUCAACUAUUUUCAGAAAGAAAUGUCAAGUCUUCAGAAAUUCUGCGAUGAAUGCUCUGAACGCAUUGGUGAAUUGCAAACACCAGCACCAUAA